AUGAACGACUUCCUCUCGAUUCGGUUCGGGUUGCUAGUAGGAAUCGGCGACGGGAGCGCCCACGAAGAAGGGAACUGUCACGAUAUUCGAUUUGGAGAUAUGGUGAUCAACAAGCCAACAGCCAGCUUCGGUGGAGUUGUGCAGGGCAAGCAUUCGACAGGUGGUGGCUUCGAACGCACCAAUGUCGGCGAAGCCUCCUCCAUUCCUCCAGACGAGCAUGGAAAAUCUAGCAGCCGACCAUCGAAUGAAGACAUUGCGAGUUCCGCAAUAUUUAUCCUCUAUACUGCUGCAGUAUCCGGCGAUGGAGGAGGAAUACUCGUGGCCAGGCGCCUAGCACGAUCGCUUGUUUCGGGGCUGACUCCGCUCAGAUACACUGAUACAAAUGACCGACGAUUGCCGCCGCCUGAGCCGGCGACGUCGAAGCCUUCCAUCAAGGCCCAGAUACGCAGACGAUGUUCCGCCUCUACCUUCGACUGGAAGACCUCGCCGGUGGCAAGCCGCAGUCUCCAGGCCGGAGGGGCAUUAUUGACGACCCUUUCAAGCGGAGCCCGAUACUGCGGACGACAGCCAGGGCGGGCUGUCCAGGCUGCGGCGGCAUAA